UCCUGUAGCGGAGUUAGAAGCAGAGACGCUUGCUGGAGACGAGGCUAGAACGGAAGGCCUAUACUCUGACGACGAUGAGCCGACCUCGAUGGCACCAGAGGUAGACUUUGGCUUCACGUUUAAGACUUUGUUACCGCCCAAGCCUUUCGGAGGAGGGGGCGCUGGUGGGAUCAGGCGAUAGGCGCGACGACGGGAGCUCAGGAUGCUGCUAAGCAUGGGAGCGUUAGCGCCAUGUGCAUUUGUAACUACUGAAUGGGCACAUGUUUUUUCCCAGCAUCUUUGCGUUGAUAUAUUGGUUAUUAAGCUAGGUAGCGCAAAUCGCGCAACAUGCCAACAUGCAAACGAAAAAGUCGCUAGGCUGCCAGAUUCAACUUACCUGAGGUCGCAAUUGAAAUACACUGCGAUAAGAUUGCACAUGGAAUACGCUACGAUGCCUCGGCCCUCACCUUCCAAAAGAUUGUCCCAAGGGCUUGUUUCGGAGCCCGAACCUUGACAAGAUCCAUUAUGCGCUUGUAGCGUCUGAGCAUCCACAUUUCUGAAAGCAGUUGUUUGGCGUUUGUGAGCUGCGUCGGUGUCACAACCGCUUGCGCUAGGCUACCGUAUCCGUUGGGAUGUCGAGACCUCACCCUUGGAUAGCGUUUCCUUCUUAACAGGAUGCCUUGUUUAUAUGAGCCUUAAGGAUUUCGACAAUGGCGCCUUCUGGAUCGGCGCAAGCGAGGUGUGGUCACCCUGGACAGCCCUACUCGUGCGGCUACCUUCUCACCGCUCGACGGCUCAUCUCAUUUGUUCCCCCGUCGACUACCAUCGCAGCUCCUUUCCUUCCGACACACUAUGCCCUCCACUCAGGCCUCCUGCAACGUGUCGGCCGUUGCAGCGCCAUCCUCGCUGCAGGCUCCUCUUCCUCCUCGUCCGGUCCCCUGCAGCGCCCCUCUGGUGCCCCCGGAGGCGGUUCCACCAGCACCGACCUGCUGCUGCAGCGCCUAAGUCGCGCCAGCAGCCUGGGGGACGUCCUGGCGCUGGUGGAGGGACCCAGCGGCGGGCGCCACCAGGCGACGGGUGGGGCCCCCAGAGGAGCUGCAGGCGCGGAUUCCUUCGUCAACGUAGAGCUGCUGGCGGCGCUGGCUCGGUGCUGCAGCGGCGGAGGCAGCGCGGCCCCGGAGGCCAGUGGCGGCGGUAGGCGCGCAGCGGAGGAGCUGGAGCGCAUGUGGGCGCUGCUUCCCGGCCGGCUGAAGGACCUGUCAGGCCGUGUGGGCUGCCUGUCCUUCAAGCAGCUCUCAAGUACCCUUAAGAGCCUCGUUGUGCUUCUUACCCGCAACAGGACAGCUGUCGUACCGCUCACGGCUUCCAUACUUGCUUUGGUGGGUGCCCUGCCGGAAACCGCCCGCAGCACCACCACCCCGCCUCCAUCCCUCAAGGCCCUGGAGGAGGCGUUUUCGGCUGCUCAGCAACUGCUUUCCUUGACUGCGGCAGCAGCAACGUCUGCAGCCAGCAGUGGAACCAACCCGAGGCUGCAACAAGAGCAGCAAAGACAGCUACUGCAGCAGCAGCUACAGAAGCAACAGCAGCAGAUGUACGAGUACCUCCGCACGGCAGUCACGGAGGGCCCUGGCUGCGUGGAACGGCUGAGGAGCGGUGCGGAUAUGGCGGAGCUGGCAGCCGCGGUCACGCUUGUGGCCAGGUUUGGGUUGCCACAGUCACCACCGCUUGGGUUCGUUGAGGCGGUUGUGGGGCGCGUGGAGGAGCUCAUGGCUGCGGCUUGUCCCCCCGGGCCACUGCUGCCGGAGCCACUGCAUGCAGACGUCUCCCCCACUUCCGCGGCUUCCGAAACAGCCUCAGCAGCAACCCCAAGAGCUGCUGCUGGCGACGCCACUGAAGGAGAGCACAAGGGCAAGAAGAGGGACAGGAAGGCUGCACCGUCGAAGCAGCAAACGCAGCCUCUAGACGUGCGCUCCCUCACGCUGCUCCUGACGCACUGGUGCUCUAGGCCCCCCUUUGCUGCACCCUCCUCAUCCACCGCUCCACAGCAGCAGCAAGGACAUCAAGUGGGAUUUGGGGGGCCGGCAGGCCCGUCCGGAGGUCCGCAGCAGGCGGUGGUGGCAGGCGAGCCGGUGUGGGUGGACUGGGUAUCACACUGCGCCGAGGCGGUGUGGCUGACGCAGGACGUGGCGACACAGGCUCGGAGGGAGGUGAUGGCGGCUGAGGUUGCUGGCUUGGAGGAGCAGUUGGUGACGCUGAGGAGGGAGGAGCAGCGGCUGCUGAGGGCUGAGAAGCAGCAGCAGGAACAGCAGCGGCAGCAGCAGCAACGAGGGCACAAGCAACAGCGACAGACCCAGCAGCAGCAGCAGCAACAAGACCGAAAGGGCGGAACCCAAGCAGUAUCCGGCACCGAUAGGGGCGGCACCUCAGCCCAGCAUACAGAUCCCUCCCCAGCCAGAGACGACCAACAACAUCAAGAGCAGCAGCCCUUUGCGUUUACUGAUGCCGCCGGUGCGGCAGCUGCCAUUGGCAGCACAACGGCCGACAUGCAGAGGGCCAUUCGUGAGCUGCGGUCCCUUGGGCCCUCUCCCGCUCCCUCAGCCCCUGCCUCCGCUUCCUCCUCCGCGGCGGCAGGAGCACUUGAAGUGGAGCUGCUGGUUGAGUUGGCGUUCCAGCUGGGGCGGUGCCUGGGCGGGCGGGCCAGCCGGCAAGGUUGCGCGCUGGCAGAAGUGGUGCUGCUGGGGCGCAUGGAGGAGCUGAAAGCAAAGGGAAAGUCGGCGUUGGUAAUCAAGCUGCUGGCAGCCUUCCGGCACCUGCGCCACGCCGCCUCCCCUCCGCUGCUCUCCGCCUCCCUGCACGCGCUGCUGCCCCACCUGGAGAGCCUUCCCGCGGAGGAAGCGCUGCCGCUACUAACCGUCCUGGAGGCCUUCGGUGACCAGCCGCUAACCAGCCCACAGCCGGAAGCAGUGCUGCAGCCUCUAGCACAUACUGUCUCCAAGGAGGCGGCCCGUAGUAGUGGCAGGGGCGUGCCUGUACCUGUGCUGCUGUCGGCGCUGCUUCGGCGUUGCGCAGCCUGGGGCGUGCGGGUGCCGGAAGAGGCGCUGAGGACCAUCCAGAGGGCGGUGGAGCCCUGGAUUCGAUGGGAGGUCAAUCCGGGGCUGCAGCCGGGGCUGUAUCGUGCACUGCAGGAGAACCGGCGCUUCAUGGCGGAAACCGCCAAGACACAGCCGCUCCCAGAUCACCAGCUGCAGAAGCACGCAGGCGGGUCCAUGCUCGAGGUGCUGAUGGACGGAGUGGUGCUGCCGCUGGCGCAGCUGGGCCAGGCCUUUGCGGAGCCGGAUACCUAUGCGGCGGCGCUGAACUAUUGGCGAACCGUGGGUCGCUUUGAAGGACUCGAUGCGCGGAGGUCGGCGGCGCUGCUGCGUACCGUGGCACUGGCCCAGGGCUGGCACCACUCUCGGGUGAUGCGUGAGGACCUUGAGCAGUUGCUGGUUGAUUCGCUGCAUGAGGAGGCGCUGCUGCGGCUGCCCGAGGCGGGGGGCGCACGGCAGCUGGCGGAGCUGCUGGCGGCGGCAGGCCGCGCCAUGCCGGUCAUGGCUAACAAAGUGGAGCGAGGCGGAGGAAUUGCGGAGCGAGCCGCCCCACUGGCUGCCCCGCUGCUGCUGCCGGCUGUGGAAUGGCUUCUGGAGCUGCAGCCGCAUGCUGACGAGGUGGCGCUCGCAGCACAGGCGCUGUUUGUGGACCUGAGGUGGGGUCGCGGAGCUGGCCAGGAGGACGGAGCGGGCGCUGAUGCGGCCGCUGCGGCUGACCAGGGGGAGGCACACAAGCAGCCGCACGUACAGCUGUUGGAGCGCAUGCUAGCCGCAGCAGAGCCCACGUUGGAGGCAGCGGAGCCGGCCGACAUUGCGAUUGAAGGAGUCAGCAUUGGCAGGAGCAGUGGCUGCAGUGCCCAGGGCUGUGCUUACCUCCUGGCAGCUUGCGUGAGCUGCGGGUACACGCCGCCGCUGGUGCAGCUGGCUAGGCUGUACGGCAGAGCGCUGCAUGCACUGCAGUCGCAGCCUGCGCCGGCGGCUGUGCUGGUGAGCUUGGCAGACAGCUUGGGCCGGCUGGGCGCUGGGGCAGAUGCGGCAGGGGCAAGCAGCAAAACCACUCGACGGCCAGAAGUGCCGGGCAGCCUUUGCGAUGACCCGUCUCCUGCGUCUGAGCAUGCCGCAGCCCCAGUCGUUGCUGCGUCACGAGGGGCGUUGCUGCAAGCCCUAGCCGACGGCUUGCUGCACCCAGCAGCGCUGUCAGAGCUCAGCAAGCAGCCCAAACAGCUCGUGGAGACGGUGUGGCAGCUCACGCGCAUGGGUGCACGACUGAAUCCAGCUUGGGUCCAUUCGUACGACAGCUUGGUCCUAAAGCUCAUGCCCAAUCUGGAGCCGGCGGGUCUAGCGCAUGCUGCCGCCAGCCUGGCCCUCUUGGGCGCCUCACCCCAGGCCUCCUGGGUGGAUGCGCUGUUGAAGCACGCGGAACAGCAAGGAGGCCACCCCAGGUUUUCGCGUUUCAAGACGUACGAUCUCGGACUGCUACUUGGUGGCGUACAUGCGUUGUACGGUAGCGGCGGCGGCGGAAGCAGUGCUGCCAGCAGCAAACCGCGGGCAGGCACGGCAGCUUCCGCGCCGUCAAGCGAUGCUGCGAUGCAGGCGUGGAGUCGUGCGCAUGUGACCUUUGUGAACGAUCCUCUUUCUCAGGGUGUGUUGUCCAAGUACAGCCCCUCAGAACUGCAGCUGGUGGCAGCGGCGGUGGCGGCGUACGAGCUGGCACGGCAAGGCGGUGGCAGCAAGCAGGGACGUCCGAAAGGUGGCAAGGGGUCGAGCGUGGUUUCAUCGACGGACUGCAUGGGGCGGGUGCAGCCGGCAUGGCUGGAGGCGUGCGGCGGGGCGCUGCUGAAAGUGAGGCGGGGCUGCCUGCAGCGCAGCUCCUUCACCGGGGCCGCUGCGGAGGCGGCAUCUCCGAUGUCGCCCGCUGUCCUGCCCUUGGCAGGCCUGAUCUUGGAUCUCCUGCGCUUGGCGUCAUGCGUUGUGGCUGGCAGCACGGAUGGCUCUAUCCGGCGACUGGUGGCUGCGGCCCCUCCAGCAGCAUUGGAGGUUGGGCCCACGGGUCACGGAGCCCUUGCUGCCUCAGAUGUUGGCUCAGGUCAGGAAGCUGCUGUGCCUGCGGCGCUGACUGCGGCAGCUGCGCCGGCUGCCUCCACUGAGGCCGUUAAGCUGCUCGAGUACGUACGCCUCUCUCUCACUGAUUGGGCCUCGGUAGGCGGCAACACUGGCAGCGCCGUUGGCGGCCUGCCCUUAGCAGACUGGCAGGUGCUGCUGCGGGCGGCGCUAGACGCUGGCUUGCAGCCCUCCGCUCCCGAGCUUGAGGCAUACUGCUCGCGGCUGUUCGCUUCCCUGGCUGAGAAGGCCAACCGUCACGACAGCUCGGACGACCAGCGGCAUGCCCUGUGGCGUGCGGUAUCGUCCGCCUUGACUUCGGUGCUGCUGCCUGUGCUGCCCUGGUCGCCGCCAGCUCACAUCGCUGCGGCAUUCAGGGAGGCGUUCCUGCUGCAUGUGCCCCUGCAACAGGCCAGCAUGCGACAGCUGGGGCUGCUGUGCACGUACUGCGUGCAGACCGGGCUCGGCAGUGAUGCGGUGUGGUCAAGGGUACGGGAGGAGCUGAUUAGGCGCCUGCCGCAAGAGUCGGUAUUGACAGUGGUGGCAGCGACUCAGGUGCAGGCGGGAAGAAGGCUGGUGGCCAAGGCAACAGCACCAGCAGCAGUACCCAAGGCUCUAGGGCAGCCUAUUGGGGCGCAAGGGGUAAAGGGCGGUGGCGCUGUCCAAUCAGGAGGCGAAGAAGGGCCCCAGGAGCAGAUAGCGGCUGCUGAUUUGGCAGCGGUCUGCUAUGCCUUGGAGAUAGGCGGAUGUGGGGCGGGGCAGGCAGCGGUGCGGUGGCUCUGGGAGCUGCAGGAGCGCCAGCAGAAGCCGCAGCAGCCGGGGUCCGCAGGGCAGGAGCAGGGCGCAUGGUACUCGGGUUCGAGCCUAGCACUGAGCGGCUUGUCUGCCUUACAGCGCCUAUGGAUGAGCAGGUCGGCAGUGGUAAGCCCGCCCUUAACACCCGCGGAGGAAGUCCUGGAGGGAAUGGCUGCAACCGCAGUGGCAGCGCAGGCGCUAACCACAGUGAAGCAACCAGCAGCGGCGGAGGAGCUCUGGCAGUCUCUAUUCAGCAGCGUCUCAGGUCUUGACUUGCUGCUGCCAUCGCAGUUGGUACAAAUGGUAGCCUUAAGAGCCGAAGCGGCAAGGACUGCCGAUGGCACUGCCGGCGGCGGCGCGUGUAUAGCAGCGCACAUGCCUUCAGAAAUCGGAGUGCGCUUACUGCAGCGCUUGGCUGCACCCACUGUCCGUCCAAGCCUGAAGCAUUCUGAGGCCGCGCUGGCAUUGCUGCACUGCCUGCCCGCCGCUUUGGGCCGCGCAGAGGCGUUCACCGCAACGAGCGCAGCAGCAACAGGGUCUGAAGCUGCCACUUCCGGGGCAACCUUUGCAAUUGGUGGCAGGGGCCGAGCUCCACUUCCACCUUACGCUGUGGCGCUGGCAGAAGCGGCUGAGGAGGCGCUGCCGUUGGCUGACGUAAUUGAGCUGCUGUUACUGCUGGAGGGCAGGUCGGGCUGGCGCAUGUCGCAAAGGCGGGUUGAGAAACUCGUGGAAAGACUGCUGCGUGCGGUCGAGGCAGUCACGGCGGCAAACCAGAUGAAAGGAGAUGGCCAUGAGCAACUCCAAGGUGCUGCCUGGACUCUUGAGCGCGCACUGCAGGUAGCCCGCGCCCUGCUUACACUGGCACCCGUCCAGCAAGAGCAACAUCAACAGCAGAAAGCGGUACGGUUGACCAUUACACCUGAAGCGCUGACAGUCAUAACGCCGUUUCUACAGCGGCUGGUCCCGGCAGCGGAGGAGCGCUUGCGACACCAAGUCAACAAGGAGGUGUUGGGUGGUUCGGUUGAGAAUGACAAGCCUCCUGAGAUUCAACACGCAGAAUACGCUGACCAUGGCACACCACUGCCGCCCCUCGAGGGCAUAACUCCCGAGCUUGCAGCUCAAGUGGUGGUCGCGAUGAUUGAAGCUGCUGGCGAGGACAUGCCCCUGCCGCGCCCGCUUGCAGCCAUAGCCAUCCUGCUGCUGGGCUGCCCCGGAGCUGCCCAAAGGAUGCCCCAGGCGCAGCUGCAACAGGCGCUAGCACACUCACUUGUGGGUCACGCCGAUCUCCCAAUGCCCGAUUCAACGGCUGAGGCCAUUUUGUCGGCCCGCUUGGCGGCCACUGGUGUCACGCCUGCUCGUGAGCUUGCACUGACACGGCAGCUGCGGCUGUGCGGCGCAAGUGCGUCCCACUCGCAGCGGGUUCUGGCGGCCAUGCAGACAGAUGAAUUCACAGGCUUCGAGCUCGAGGAGACAGCCUUUUUAUUACGUGAGAUGUACGAAUGUUGCUUCGAGGCGGAUGUGUACGGCGGUUUCCUGGCUUGCAUCUACAGCAUCUUGAAGUCACACUUCAUUGCCUCCUCAAGCCGCCUGUCGCUUGCACUUGAUGCCUUGCGUCAUGCUGACGCGGUGGCCCCACGCCUACAGCGCCCAAUCACAUGGGCGCCAGUGCUGCUCGCCUGCUUGCGAGACGCUAAGGCCUAUACUCCACAUGUGCUGCCGGAACGCCCCAGCAGCUCUGUUGGCAGUCCCAGCAGCAGCGUUGUAGACUCGGAGCUCUUGUGGCACUUCUUGGGCUUGCUGUGCGAGCUUGGACCGGUUUCCGUUACCGCCGGUUUCAUGGACUUACCACCUGAGCUGAGCUACAGAGCACGCGAACGCCUUGUAUUCUGCAAUGGUAACGAAUUUAUGAACUUCUGCGGGCCGUACACCCUCGACGCCGGCGAAGCCAUCUCCAUAGCAAACUACCUGUGGCCCGAGGUCGAGGCGCAUGCGGCAGCAGUGGACCUCUCAAAACCCACAGCGGCAGCACCUGCGGGUGCACCGCUGCUGACCUGCCGGCAGCUGGGUGUGCUGUAUGGUGUCGUGGGCAUGAUACCCGACCAUCUGAGCGGGGGAUACGAGGACAAGCUGCAGUCGCUGCGUGAGCAGCUCCUGCCGCUCUAUCUGCAUUCGCUGUCAUCCCUAGCAAUCCUGAAGCCCCAAGAGGGCCAUAAGCACCCUUCGUACCUCUGCGACAAGCUCAACGCUUUCCUGGACGCCUUGGAGCCUGUCAUCUGUGCAAAUCCCCUCGACAGGGCCUUGCCGGCCGGCUACUACGCCCCCUUGCAACCACCAGUACGGGAGCUCGUCGCGAACCUAGUAGCUGUCAAUAUCAACACAGCUGACGACGCAUUUCCGCUCGACAAGCUGAUUUCCUUCAAUAUGGAGACGCGGUUUGUCCGCAACACAAUGCUUGGCCGCGUCUACAAACAGGACGUUUAUUAUAACCUCCUCUCCAUGCUCAAAGACAUACAGACCCCGCCAGAAUACCGCGACAAGAUCGACGAUGCAUUGUGGGAUGCAGCCCGGGAGGCUUACGUGCUGAGGGUGCUGCCCUGGUACCGGGCGGCUAGGCGGUUGCUGACCAUCAUAAUGGCCUCGGCCCUAGGAAGUUUCCGAGGCGAGCUGGCGACCCGCGGCGUGGAGGGGCCUGGGGAUGGCCGUUGGGCGAAUCUGAUGUGGGAGGUUUCGGUUGUCUGUCCGGAGUAUGACGAGAGCGUGGGGCGGGAGGCAGCUGAGACAUCGAAGCAUGUUGCUGGGAUGGAGGUCGCAGUGGGGUUGGAGGACGAUGCGCAAGGAUGAGGCGGCGCUUGCAAGAGGCGACGUCCGACAACAUUGGUAUGACAAUGAAUGCAUAAAGCAAAGAAUCGGAAGGUUAGGAAGAGGCUCAAACAGCAGGUACAAUAGUUGCUGCGGGAGUUUGGCUAUCUAUGGGGGUCCCUGCGUUGCCACCGCCAGGCUGCCUGACACGUUUGGGUGGGGGGUAUUCAUGUCGGAGCUGUAGGCUGCUGGGUGCCAGGGGCCGCCUCAUACAGCAGAAUUUAAUUUGCUAUUUUCAUGUACAUCAAGUGUGGAAUGUACGUAAAUGCGCACCGGGUACAGUGGGGUUUCCUAACACGGGGACGAGGGUUGAGAGUCCUCUUCCCAGCCUUGCUGAAGUUGUACCAAAGUUGUUAUAAUUGUCGAUGCUCCGAGGGGUCUUCGGACUGCAUAACACUCCGUUUUCUGUCGUACAUUGGCCAUGGUUGCUGUUUUGUGGCAUGGUCCAAAGGGCUGUGCAUCGCAUUUGAGUCGUUCUGACGCUAAAGAAUCGCAUUCUCGCUGGCACCAGGGGCAGACUUUUGGCUUUACGUUUAACAGCUCCGGACCUCCUUAUCCUUUCGGAGGAGGCGCUGGUGGGGUCAGGUAGUAGGCGGAAGUGCAGGGGCUGAAACCCUCUUAGCAUGGGAAGGUUUACUCAACAUGUGCGCAAGUGUCAUGCUCGUAUGUAAGAACUUUGUCAUCAUUUGGUUCUCGGUUUUUUGGCUUGGUUGCGUGAAUGCUUGGAACUGUGCCAAAGCCGAACUGAAAUAAACACUGAAAAUCAUUGAAAAUAGUGGAUUGGACUUACCUGAUUGAGGUAGCACAUGAUGUAUUACCGUACUAACGAGCCUCGGUGCGAAAGCCCAGUUGGGGCUGUUGGUUGAGGAGGGCGACGAUGCCUGCGCAUGCCCACAUGGGCGUCAGUACCCAGCAGGCCAGGGAAGGCAGGCAUGCUUGCCGGGCAGGGCGUGGACGCCGGUCUCAAGCGCGCCCGGUUCAUCUUCAGCUUGCUCUCCCGGCCCACACGUUUUGCUGGGGCACAUGUUUGAGGCAUGGAGCACCCUGGGG